UGGACAGGGAGGCCUGGCGUGCUGCAAUUCAUGGGGUCGCAAAGAGUCAGACACGACUGAGAGACUGAACUGAACUGAGGGGAGAGAACAGCCAUGGCUCCAAAGCGCAAGCUCCACGUGCAGCAUGAGGGUCCUGAGAAGAAGGGGCGACAGGGGGCAGGAGAAGAGGACAGUUUUCGUUCCACUGCUGAGGCCCUUAAGGCCGCGCCCGCAGAGAAGUGCAUAGCCCGAGUGGAUCCCUCAUGUCCACUCAGCUGCAACCCUGGAACCCAGGUGCAUGAAGACCACGACUGCACGCUGAACCAAACCAACAUUGGGAGCAACAACAACAAGUUCUACAUCAUCCAGCUGCUGGAAGAAGCUGGCUGCUUCUUCUGCUGGACCCGCUGGGGACGCGUGGGAGAGGUGGGCCAGUCAAAGCUCAACCGCUUCGUGUCACUGGAGGAUGCAAAGAAGGAUUUUGAGAAGAAAUUUCGGGACAAGACCAAGAACAGCUGGGCAGAGCGGGACCGCUUUGUGGCCCACCCCGGCAAGUAUACACUUAUCGAAGUGCAGAGAGAGGACGAGGCCCAGGAAGCCGUGGUGCAGGCGGACGGAGGCCCGGUGAGGGCUGUGGUUCAGCGGGUGCGGCCCUGCUCCUUGGACGCAGCCACACAGAAGCUCAUCACCAACAUCUUCAGCAAGGACAUGUUCCAGAAUGCCAUGGCGCUCAUGAACCUGGAUGUGAAGAAGAUGCCCCUGGGGAAGUUGAGCAAGCAGCAGACCGCCCGGGGUUUCGAGGCCUUGGAGGCAGUGGAGGCGGCCUUGAAAGCCCCCGCAGAUGGUGGCCACAGCCUGGAGGAGCUGUCCUCCCACUUCUACACCGUCAUUCCCCACAACUUCGGCCACAGCCGGCCCCCGCCCAUCAACUCCCCCGAGCUUCUGCAGGCCAAGAAGGACAUGUUGCUGGUCCUGGCGGACAUCGAGCUGGCCCAGACCCUGCAGGCCACCCCCGAGGAGACAAAGAAAGUGGAGGAGGUGCCGCACCCACUGGACCGCGAUUACCAGCUCCUCAAGUGCCAGCUCCAGCUCCUGGACCCAGAGACGCCUGAGUACAAGGUGGGCCGUGCCUACUUAAAACAGACUAGCAACAGCUACAGGCCCCCUGCUCUUCAACAUGUUUGGAAAGUGGACCGAGAAGGGGAGGCAGAUUGGUUCCAGGUCCAUGCCAAGCUGGGCAAUCGGAAGCUACUGUGGCAUGGCACCAAUGUGGCCGUGGUGGCCGCCAUCCUCACCAGUGGGCUCCGCAUUAUGCCACAUUCUGGAGGCCGGGUCGGCAAGGGCAUCUACUUCGCCUCAGAGAACAGCAAGUCGGCUGGCUAUGUUACUGGCAUGUCCUGCGGGGCCCAUUGCUUUGGCUACAUGUUCCUGGGUGAGGUGGCACUGGGCAGAGAGUACCAGAUCACUGUCGACAAGCCCAGCUUGAAGCAGCCACCCUCUGGCUUCGACAGUGUCAUUGCCCGUGGCCACACAGAGCCUGAUCCAACCCAGGACACCGAGCUGGAGCUAGAUGGCCAGCGAGUAGUGGUGCCCCAGGGCCAGCCCAUGCUUUGCCCAGAGUUCAGAAGCUCCAGCUUUCUCCAGAGCGAAUAUCUCAUCUAUCAGGAGAGCCAGUGCCGCCUGCACUACCUGCUAGGGAUUCACCUCUGAGCUGCGCGCCCAACCCUCCCACCCCGGGCAGGAGCUCGACUAUCACCCUCAAUCCCAUAGCAACCUCCGGCUCUCACAUCUCCCUCCUGUGUUCCAGUGAUUCCCUCUCCCUCUGAUCCUUGUUGGUUCUGGCAUGCCUGUGGCCUCUGUCUCACCUCCUAAGGUGAUGGGUGUGAUGGGCUGCAACAUGAAUACAGCAGCCUAUUCAAGGCUGUGUAGUUAGAGGGGCACAAACUGAGAGUGGGUGGGUCCCACAUCCACCCAGGCCAUCCACUCUGGCCACAGGGGUUCCCUAGAGCAGGAGAUGAUAUUGAGAAUCCAAGAUCCGGGCAGAGGUAUGCUCUUUGGAACUGUGUGCCAUUGCUUUUAAGUCCUGGUAGCAAAGAGGGCUAGGAAAUAUGUGCAUGUAAAUAAACACAUCAUCUCUGUUUUUCCAAUUCCAAUGUGUCCUUCCAUUGUUUCCCAAAUCUAUAAUUAUACUCCCUUCUCCUAUAGUCAGAACCUUGGUUCACAUCAACCUCAAAUCAUUUACCU